GAUGUUCUUUGAAAAAAACAAGUUCACAUUUAAAACUAUUGACAAAUUGGAAUUCCGAAUGAAUUAAAAAUGGAAAAUUAUCAUAAAAUAGACGAUUUGGGCGUUGGUACAUUUGGAAAAGUGAGUUUAUACAUUGAUAAAACGACUCAACAGAAAGUCUGUAUAAAGGAAAUAGUCCACACUCAUAAAAAUACAACACAAAUUCAAAAUGAAGUCUUAAUUUUGGCAAUGUUUAAUCAUCCAAAUAUUAUCCAAUAUUAUAAUAGUUUUUUAAAUCAACAUGGACAUUUAUGUAUUGUUAUGGAGUAUGCAGUUCAUGGCACCUUACAUGAUUAUUUAUUACGACAAAAACGGUUUAUACCACAACAGUACGUUUUAUAUAUUUUUGCUCAAAUUUUAAUGGCUAUUGACUACAUUCAUGCUCAAAAUGUUGUACAUCGUGAUUUAAAAGCGGAAAAUGUUAUGAUUACUGGCGGUGCAGCCAGUGUAAUUAAAUUAACUGAUUUUGGUAUUUCGAAAAUCUUAUUAAAUGUUGAUAACAAUAAAACUGGAACUUUAAUUGGAACUCCAAAUUAUUUAGCACCAGAAAUAUGUCGUGGUGAAAAAUAUGGUAUUAAGGCAGAUAUAUGGGCACUUGGAUGUAUUUUAUAUGAGUUAUGUGCCUUGGAAAGAAUGUUCGACGGACCAAUGGCAACUAUUAUUUUGGCAAUUACAAAUUGUGAAAUUAAAAAAAUCAACACGAAUAUUUAUCGUAAAGCCAUUCAAGAUUGGAUUGCAAUUAUGUGUCAUUCAGAUCCUAAUCAACGUCCAAAUGCUUCAUGUUUGCUUAGAAAUCCAAUAAUUUUGCCACAAAUGUUGAGUAUUCAAGUAAAUUUAGGUAAAGUUUUAGCUAGACAUUGAUUUAGAAUCAAACUUUACGAUUUUAUGCAACACUCUCGACUUAAAUGUAGUGUAAAAGA